CCUCUAGUCUCCAAUACUUGUCUGUAUAGGACCUCUAGUCUCCAAUACUUGUCUGUAUAGGACCUCUAGUCUCCAAUACGUGUCUGUUCAGGACCUCUACUCUCCAAUACUUGUCUGUAUAGGACCUCUAGUCUUCAAACCUUGUCUGUAUAGGACCUCUAGUCUCCAAUACGUGUCUGUAUUGGACCUCUAGUCUCCAAUACUUGUCUGUAUAGGACCUCUAGUCUUCAAUACUUGUCUGUAUAGGACCUCCUAGUCUCCAAUACUUGUCUGUAUAGGACUCCCUGGUCUUCAAUACUUGUCUGUAUAGGACCUCUAGUCUCCAAUACGUGUCUGUAUUGGACCUCUAGUCUCCAAUACUUGUCUGUAUAGGACCUCUAGUCUCCAAUACGUGUCUGUAUAGGACUCCCUUGUCUCCAAUACUUGUCUGCAUAGGACCCUCUAGUCUCCAAUACUUGUCUGUAUAGGACCUCUAGUCUCCAAUACUUGUCUGUACAGGACCCUCUAGUCUCCAAUACUUGUCUGUAUAGGACCUCCUAGUCUCCAAUACUUGUCUGUAUAGGACUCCCUAGCCUCCAACUACCAGUAGAAGAUGGAGGCGAUCAAGAAGAAGGUUCAGAACAUGAAGGUGGAGAAGGACAAUCUCUGUGACAGGAUGGAUGCUGUAGAGCAGUUGGUCAAGGAUGCCAGGAUCCGUCAGGACAAGGCCGAGGAGGAGAGCGUGGAUCUCACCAACAAGGCUAAGCACCUCGAGAUCGAGUGCGACGUGUACGGAGAGAAGUUGUCCCUCCAGGUUAUGGCCCAGGAGGCUAUGGAGGCUCAGGUUCUCUCCGCGGAGGCUGAAUUCAACAGAUUGAAUAGGAGGGUUCAAGAGAUGGAGGAGGAUCUGGAGAACAUGGAGAACAAAUACGUCCUCGCCAUGCAGAAGUACGACAAAGCGGCGACCACCGCCGACGACAGCGACAGGAUGGCCAAGGUUCUGCAGAACCGUGCUCAGGAGGACGAGAAGAAGAUGCAGACCCUGGCCGAGCAGCUGAAGGAGGCCCAGAAGAUAGCCGAGGACGCUGACACUAAGUACGACGACGCGUCCAAGAAGAUGCAGCUGUGUGAGAACCAGCUGGAGAUUGACGGGGAGCGCGCAGACCUCAGCGAGUUCAAGAUUGUCGAGCUGGAGGAGGAGUUGAAGGUUGUGGCGAACAACUUGAAGUCCCUGGAGGUGAGCGAGGACAAGGCGAACGACAGGGAGACCUUCUACAAGGACGAGAUCAAGAGAUUGACCAGCAAGCUGAAGCAGUACGAGACCAGAGCUGAGUUCGCAGAGAGAUCUGUUCAGAAACUACAAAAGGAGGUUGACCGUCUUGAAGAUGAGCUGGUUGGAGAACAGGAGAAGUUUAAAGCAAUUACUGAAGAACUGGAUCAAACUUUUGCUGAGAUGUCGGGAUACUAAACCGUGCUCAGGGUCCUACUGAACCCUUGGUCACUCCACCACAACCCUGGAGGACAUAGAUCAAAAUUUAUUACUGUUUGGAUGAAGUAAAGAUAUUUUAGUAUUUUAAAAUGUAAAUGAAGACGAAACUAAAAAAUAAAUGUGUUUACAAAAUUUAAAAA